CGUUCGCCACAGUCAUGAGGUUCAAAUUCUCUCUCAUGGCCAUAGGCCUGGAAGUUGUUAUGAUAGUUUUAUUUGGAUUAUUUGUUGAGUAUGAGACAACUCAGAAUGCGUCCCAGCAGAUCAAUGCCACAACGCCAGCAAAGGAGGACCGAUUUUUUCAGUUGUAUCCCUUAUUUCAAGAUGUGCAUGUCAUGAUAUUUGUUGGGUUUGGAUUCCUCAUGACCUUCCUGAAGAAAUAUGGCUUCAGCGGUGUUGGUUUCAAUCUCUUUCUUGCUGCUCUGGGGCUCCAAUGGGGUACAAUUGUGCAGGGACUCCUUCACAGCCAUGGACAGAAAUUUCGCUUCGGAAUCAUGAAUAUGAUACAGGCAGACUUCAGUACAGCCACGGUUCUAAUUUCUUUUGGUGCUGUCCUGGGAAAAACAAGCCCCAGCCAAAUGUUGAUCAUGACGAUUCUAGAAAUUGCUGCCUUUGCUGCCAAUGAACAUCUGGUUGCUACUAUAUUUGAGGCCUCUGACACGGGGGCAUCAAUGACAAUCCAUGCCUUUGGAGCUUACUUUGGUUUAGCUGUAGCAAUCAUCUUAUAUCGGCCUGGCCUCAGAUACGAACACCAAAAUGAAGAAUCUGUGUAUCACUCUGACUUGUUUGCCAUGAUCGGAACACUUUUCCUAUGGGUAUUUUGGCCCAGCUUUAAUUCAGCAAUUGCUGCACCUGGAGAUAAUCAGUACAGGGCCGUUGUCAACACAUACACAUCCCUUGCUGCCUGUGUGGUCGUAGCCUACGCCUUGUCAAGCCUUGUUGAGCGCCGAGGCAGGCUGGAUAUGGUCCACAUUCAGAAUGCUACUCUGGCAGGAGGUGUCGCUGUGGGCACCUGUGUGGACAUGGAAAUCAACCUGUAUGCUGCUAUGACCAUUGGAAGUAUUGCAGGACUCAUCUCUGUGCUUGGAUACAAGUGCCUCAGUCCACUGUUAGCUAAAAAACUGAUGAUCCGAGAUACAUGUGGAGUUCAUAACUUACAUGGCUUACCUGGUGUGUUUGGAGGCCUUGCUAGCAUUGUGGCCAUAUACUUGGGAAAGUCUAAUGUGUCCACCAUGGCUAUGCAGGCAGCAGCACUGGGCUCUUCCAUUGGAUCAGCAAUUAUUGGAGGUUUGGUUACAGGUCUAAUUCUGAAGUUACCUAUCUGGGAUCAGCCUCCUGAUGAGUAUUGCUAUGACGAUUCUGUUUACUGGAAGGUUCCCAAGAUCAGAGAACUUGAUGAUCACUUCUUUCGGCAUGCAAAUCACAACCAUCUGGAACAUGAAGUCUAAAUACCUUUCCUGAACUCAGCAUCCUCCGAAUUACCAUGAAGAGUCAAGUUUUAAGAGGCAGAAACUUAGUAUCCAAAGAAACAGAGAUGGCGGGCCACAAAUGGCCAGUGUG